CACUCUCCAAGUCACUCUCCCGCACGCGGCGAGCCACGCACAGCGUACCUCGGUGCCAAAAGGGUUUCCCCUUCUGCUUCGGAGGGAGAGGGCAUAGCCGCAAGCGCAAUGGAGGUCGACGGCCCGGAAGUGGCGGCGGCGGCGAACGGACAGACGCGGCCGCGGUGCAUGAGCAGCUACGUCGACGAGGGCAGCACGGAGAGCCACCGCUACUACCUGGCCCGCAGGACCCUCCUCGAGAUGCUCCGGGACAGGGGCUACGCAAUUGCCUCCUCCGAGAUCGAUCUUUCUCUCGCGGAGUUCCGGGCCUCCCAUGGCCAGAGCCCCGACAUUGACCGCCUCCGCAUUUCCAACUCUCUCCGCUCCGACCCUUCUAAGCGAGUGUUGGCGUAUUUUUGCAAUCCUGGUCCUGUAAAAGUCAAUAGUAUCCGUUAUAUUAGUGGGCAAAUUGCUAACAAAGAAGGUUUGAGCGGGUUGAUAUUGGUCUUGCAAGGUGAAAUGACCAAUCAAGCUCUUAAAUCACUGGAUCUUUUCUCGUUUAAAGUUGAAGUAUUCCAGAUAACCGACUUGCUUGUGAAUAUAACUAAGCAUGUCCUCAAGCCUAAACAUCGUGUUCUAACGGAUCAAGAAAAGCAAAGUCUUUUAAAGAAGUACAGUAUACAGGAGAAGCAGCUUCCAAGGAUGCUGAAGAACGAUGCAAUCGCAAGGUAUUACGGACUUGAGAAGGGUCAGGUUGUAAAAGUUACCUACAGUGGUGACGUAACUGGCACGCAUGUUACGUACCGCUGUAUCUGGUGAUUCUAUGUUCUCCAGAGAUUGGUUUCUUUGGUAUCGAUAAGUAAUAGGAGUUUCCUAGCAUGGUCACUAGUGGGCAGAGUCAGUCAGCUUUCUGCAGUCAUGGUCCCGUCCUGUUUUGAAUGAUGGUUCGCUCAUGGUACCAUCCAUUGUGGAUAAUUUUGCAUGGUCGAGCUGGUUCUACAGGCCUCUGGCUAGGAGUUGAAUUUCAGUUUUACGCGGUAGGUUCCCCUGUAAGUAGCGGCGGCAAUUUAAGAAUCGCCUGUUUGAUCCUGUCUGGUUGUUCUGAAGUUAUGUGGCGAAUUGACGGAAAGCAUGUCCGAGGAAGUUUUACCGAUGGUUCUGUUGUGAUCUUAUGUCUCACCACAUUGCUGGCU